AGUCAUUUCAAAAAAAGCUUUCAAAUUGGCUCCCCUAUCUAAAUUCAAACUUCUUCCCAAAACCCCAGUUUUUCAAAAAAAGCUCAGUUAACUGACCGUUAGAUUCAGAUCUUCUCUUUCACAUUUCUCUGCCAUUUUACUCCCUUCCUUCAUCUUCCACUCUCUCUCUCUCCUCACUGAACAAAACCCUAAAACUCUCAUUUCUUAUCUUCUAUCACAAUUUACAGAGAUGUUCAAAAUGCCAUUCUUUUCCAAUACACCGAGCUCAAUGAAGACUCGGACCGCGUUUCACGACGCGCCUGAGUCAGCUCGGGCAACUCCGAGCAUCGCUAAAUCGAUGUCUCGCGAUAACUUGUUGCAGUCUUCAACGGUUAGAAAUUUCAAUGAGAGAGAUGAAUUUCGCGAUUCUGCUAACAAUGUGUUAGCACUUCGAAGCUUUGAUUUGUCUGAUGAUCCUUCUUUCUGGAAAGAUCAUAAUGUGCAGGUUAUCAUUAGACUCCGUCCUCUCAACAGUUCUGAGAUGUCACUGCAAGGCCAGAACAGGUGUGUUCGGCAAGAAAGUUCUCAGACCAUUACAUGGACUGGCCAUCCUGAGUCACGCUUCACCUUUGACGUUGUUGCGGAUGAAAAUGUUACACAGGAAAAGCUCUUCAAAGUGGCUGGAGUGCCUAUGGUUGAAAAUUGUGUGGCGGGGUACAACAGUUGCAUGUUUGCGUAUGGACAAACUGGGAGUGGAAAAACGCACACAAUGUUGGGAGAUAUUGAAGGUGGCACUCGACGUCAUAGUGUGAAUUGUGGAAUGACUCCUAGAGUGUUCGAGUACCUCUUUUCCAGAAUCCAAAAGGAAAAAGAGGCUCGAAGAGAAGAAAAGUUUCGGUUCACAUGUAAAUGCUCAUUUUUGGAGAUCUACAAUGAACAGAUCCUUGAUCUUUUGAACCCAGAUUCUGUCAACUUACAGAUUAGAGAAGACAUGAAAAAAGGCAUUCAUGUGGAAAACAUAACUGAGUUAGAGGUUACAAGUGCUCGAGAUGUUAUGCAACAACUUCUUCAGGGUUCAGCUAACAGAAAGGUGGCUGCCACCAACAUGAAUCGCGCAAGUAGUCGUUCUCACAGUGUGUUUACCUGUGUCAUUGAGAGUACUUGGGAAUCUCAAGGUGUAACACAUCAUCGCUUCGCUCGACUAAAUCUUGUAGAUUUAGCUGGCUCUGAAAGGCAGAAGAGUUCUGGUGCAGAAGGCGACCGCCUUAAAGAAGCCACCAACAUCAAUAAGUCGCUCUCAACUUUAGGACUUGUGAUAAUGAAUCUUGUGAGCAUAUCCAAUGGAAAAUCUCACCAUGUGCCUUAUCGAGAUUCAAAAUUAACUUUUUUGCUUCAGGACUCACUUGGAGGGAAUUCAAAAACCAUUAUAAUUGCAAAUAUUAGUCCGUCUAAUUGCUGCUCACUGGAGACUCUAAGCACCCUAAAGUUUGCUCAGCGUGCAAAGUUUUUAAAGAACAAUGCAAUUGUAAACGAAGAUGCAUCUGGUGAUGUCCUUGCCAUGAGAAUGCAAAUCCAGCACCUGAAGAAAGAAGUGUCUCAUCUGCGUAGUGUACUUAAUGGAGGAGCUGGAAGUCAGGAUUCAGAUGCCAUGGCAUGUGGUUUGCUAGGAUCGCCAGGUGCUUUUAAGUGGGAAGGGUUUAAUGGUGCAUUUAGUCCCCUGGCUUCAAAUAAAAGGCUGUCUCAGAAGAAAGAGAUUGAGGUUGCUCUUGUUGGGGCAUUUCGGAGGGAGAAGGACAAAGAAUUGGCCUUCCAGGCACUUACUGCUGAAAAUCAGGCAGCUAUGUUGCUAGCAAAACAAAGACAAGAUGAAAUACAAGGCCUGAAAAUGAGGCUCAGAUUCAGAGAAGCAGGAAUAAAGAGGUUGGAAGCUGUUGCCUCCGGGAAAAUUUCUGCAGAGACCCACUUGUUAAAGGAAAAAGAGGAAUACUUGAAAGAAAUUGAAGUCUUGCGUACUCAAGUUGAUAGGAAUCAGGAGGUGACGAGAUUUGCAAUGGAAAAUCUGCGUUUGAAAGAAGAAAUUAGAAGAUUAAAAUCUUUUUGUGAGGAAGGUGAAAGAGAGAAAAUGAACGAACAGAUAAUUACGUUGCAGAACAAGUUACUUGAAGCUCUUGAUUGGAAGCUUAUGCAUGAAUCAGAACCACCAAAAGUUCAGCAGCAAGGGAGUCCUGGUCUGCUGACAGACAGUCAUAACGAGUUGGACCAGCUCAACGUUAACAAGGAUUCUGCAUCACCUUGGCAAUCAUCAGUCAAAGAGGAGAAUGAAUUCCUUCGAGUGCAGGCCAUUCAAAACCAGGCAGAAAUGGAUUCUCUCCGCAAAAAACUCGAUUCUUACAUAAAGGAGAAGGAAAAAACGGAAAGGCACAUCAAGGACAUGGAGGCAGAGUUGGAGGAAGUUAGAUCUUCCAAAGACACACGAGAAGAAAGCCAGAAACUGCAAGUUGACAUUCCUUCAACUAUGACAAAUGAAAGUAACAACGACGACCAGCUGGAGCUCAAAGCUAUGGUUGACGUUAUUGCAGCAGCAAGUCAAAGAGAAGCUGAAGCACAUGAAAUGGCAAUCACUCUUGCUAAAGAGAAUGAUGAAUUACGAGCUAAGAUCAAGGUUUUACUUGCGGACAAUAGUAAGUUGAUAGAUUUGUAUGAAAGGGCAGCUUCUGAGACCAAUAAAGAAGAUCGUUCAGAUGCUCAACUUGAUGCCAAUGAAGAUCAAAAUACUGGAUCCGGUGCUAUUUCUCAUAUUGAAAAUGCCCACGUGAAAAGGCUGGUAGAUCUAGAGCAUCAACUUGCGGAAAUGCACGACGAAAAUGAGAAACUGAUGAGUUUGUAUGAGAAAGCAAUGCAGGAGAAAGAUGAUUUUAAAAGAAUGCUUUCAUCUGCCGUCCACAACAGUAAUGCAGAAAGAGGAGAAUCAGAGUGCCCAGAAAAGCUUGUUGAGGUUGAUGGAGGAGAGUGUUCUUCGUCUUCUGAAAUUUAUGCUGAAAUAAGCACCAACAUGGAGUUAGACCACCAAAUUUUAUCUGCUGAAACAGAGGUCUUAGAGGAAGGUGACUCUUCCCAAUGGAAUAUGCAGAGUACAUCUGGCCUGUUCCUGUCCCCUCCACUUGCUACCGAAGUUCAGAUGGAUGUGGAGUCUGAUGAAUGCCAGAAUUUUGAUGGACCCAGUUCAGCCAUCAAGAAUAGUCCUUCUGGAACAAGUAUGGUUAUCGGGGAAAAGACAUUUCUAUGUCCUGGGGAUUCUCAAGAUGAUAUAGAUGCUUGGGAGGAAGUCAGAACUAAUUCUGGGAAAUUAAUGGAGGAAGAACUUGCUCUUGUAAGAAACGAGCUGGAAAGGGCCCAAGAAAGGCUUUCAAGUUCUGCCCUGACCGUCGCUGAAUUUGGGAAUGUUGAGAAAGCAGUAUUUGAGGUGGAUGUGAUUUCAAGGGAAAUUGCUGCUUUAAAGGAUCUCAUGCAGUUUAAGCAACAGGAGAUUACAUCCCUUAAAGCUUUCUCGUUAGAGACGGAGGCUAGAAGUGCCCUUAUCUAUAAAAAGCUUGUUGCACUUAAAGUUUCUCUGUCAAGUAUCUCUUCAUCCAUUGCUUAUUUUGAACAGCGGGAAGUAAUAGCAAAGGCGAGAGUGAAUGCCUCAAAGCCAUCCUUAGACCAACAGAAGGUAAAUUUAGCGCGUCUUCAGUGUCAGAGUGAUGAAUUAAAAGCGAAAAGAAGAGAAUUUCAAGAAAAUGAAGUGGAACUAAAGAACAACCUACGGCGCUUAAAAUCCAAACUUGAAGAGGAAAACAAAAGACAAGAACCACAAAAAGUUCUCUUUGCCAUUGAUAACAUUGAUAGAAGUGAAGCUCCAGCUCUGAUCUGCAGUAAAGCAACUGAUUUGCUCAAGGUUGAGGAAGAAAAAAUCAAACUUCAUAACGAAAUCAAGCAAUCCCAGGAGACGCUUAGUGUCAUAAAGAAGCAAGUUGUGGAUCUGAACAGGAAGAGUCAAAAACUCGAGGAGGAAAUCCAAGUUAGAAACUUGGAGAUGCAAAAGACUGCAAAAUCGGUGGAAGAAAGAGAGCUUUCCCUACUAAAUGUCACUAAUGAAAAGGAAAUGCUCGUCGAAAUGCAAGAGAACGGAGAGACUGAGAUUGAUGAUAUGAUAGUUGAAUACCAGCAGAGUAUCUUUGAAAAUAAUGUCAGAGAAGAAGAGCUGAAGCUACUAGAAGAAGAUAUCCACGCGCUGUCAACAAAAUUGGAGAGAUUAGAUAGUGAACGAGCAGCUGUCGUAGAGAGAGCAACUCAACUCUUAUACGGAGAGCAAUGCCAAAAAGUUCUUCCAUCAGAAAAAAUACUACAAGAACUUGAAGAUGUUCAGAAAUCAAUUUUAGAAGCCAAUACAUCACUCUUAGCAGAAAAGUAACCAACAGUAAAGUUUUUUUGUCUGUAAGUCCCCAUAGAAUUCAUGAAGCACAGAAUACUGAAACUGUGUCGAGAGCUUAAGCUUUGCUCUAUCAUUCCUGCUGGUUGUGCAUCAUGCUAAACCUGUCAUCUCAUGUAAAUUUUCAAGUUUCAUGUUGUACUGAAGCUAAUAUUUUAAGUGGCCAACAUUCACUUGUUCAGUAAUUAACAGAUCAUUAAUGUUAAAGCUUUAACCAUUACGGGCAUAUUAAUCUU